AACUUCUCCGCCCUUUCAGUCAUCCUUCUGCCCUGAGAGCGGAGAGAAGGGAACAGCUUCGUCUCCGUUGGCUCCGUCUUGAAUGGGGUGUGCGCUCUCGUGGCAGCCUGAAUAGUGUACUGUGUUGAUUACUCUUGACUGCACCGUGCCAGACAAUAUAAGGUUCAUUUUCGGCAUAAGCUGCCUUUUUUCACAACCGGCUAACGAUCUUUGUGCAAAAACCUAGCAACACUGUUUGGGUUAUGAUAUUUUACUUCCAGGAGACCGAAUACUGAAUGUGUCAUAAAAAGUGAAUACUGCAUUUCAUCUAACCAGCAAAUUUGACACUGAAGUCUUCCCUACGAAACUAAAAGAAUCACCCUCCACUGCAUCACUACCUCGACCGUUCCCUUGCCUCCUGAAGAUGUUUACCAUGAAUCCUCCAGUACUGAAGUGCCUGCUGCUACUGACGACGACGCAAGCUAUCAUCGGCACAAAGGCCGAGAGCGACCCGGCAGCGACCCUGGCACUAGGAGACGACACCGGCAGAAUAGCAUCCGAACUACACCAGGACGAACCGACUCCGGUCGUCCUCCUACAGGAACCUCUCACAGCCGAGGGUCCUUCAGGAACGCUGGACCUCCAGACGCGUUUAGAAAAUAUGGAAGCCAACGUGACGGUUCCAAUGUGUUGUGGAACGCGGCAGGUCUUCAAUAUCGAAGCCAUGGUGUGCAAUCCGGGGUUCACUAGACCCGAGGUGACCUUUCAUUACGAGGACGGAAAGCAGGUCGAAUACAAGUUUGCCUAUAACGUGAAGAGAGGCUUCCCGAACUGUACGUUCUUCCACAUACAACCGGCAGUCGAACCAGACGACAUCUUUUACGUCCUUCCUGACGGAAAACUUAAAUUUGGGGGAUCUACGCUCACUGAUGACCGUUACUGCUUACUGGCCACAGAAGAGUAUAUGGAAGCUCUCGUAUGUUUCCAGGAAGUUCAGCCGCAAAAGGCGUUCUUCGACCGCAUGCUGGUAAAGUUGUACCCCGUUGGACUCAUCAUCUCUGCAAUAUUCCUGUUUGCAACAUUUGUGGUGUACUGCCUAGUUGAAGAACUCAGAGACCUCCUGGGACGGUGCCUGAUGUGCAACAUUCUAGCGCUCUUCAUCGCCCAAGUGUCGACAGUGGUCGUUCAGAUGGGGACUUCCGUUCUCAGCAUGAGCGCCUGCAUCUUCAAAGCCGUCAUGAUGCAUUUCUGGUACCUCUCGGCCUUCCUUUGGCUGAAUGUCAUCUGUUUCAACGUCUUCCUCACGAUAUGGAAGAAGAACGACACCUCUUACGGCAGGACGUGCAGAUGGUUUGCCUGCUACUCAGCCUACGCUUGGGGCGUGGCCAUCUUCAUCACCUCCAUCACCUUGGCCAGGGAUUUCGUGGAAGGCUUUCAGCAUUCCAUGAUCCCCAAGCCCAAUUUUGGAAUGGCGAGAUGCUGGUUCUCAGAAGACAGCGCUCUGAUUCUUUUCUUCUACGGACCGAUUUCUGUCAUCCUUGGGGUCAACGUGAUUCUGUUCAUAGCUUCAGCCUACAAGCUGUGCGCCAUGAGCACGAGUUCUGAGGCCAGGAAAUUCCAGUUCAGCCUUUACCUGAAGCUCUGUGUGUUGAUGGGCAUCACCUGGAUAUUCGAAGUGAUUUCCUUCUUCUUCCAGAGACACAACGGCGACUCCUCCAGUAACUACGUCUGGUUCGUGUUCGAUCUCAUCAACAUCAUGCAAGGCGUGAUCAUCUUCAUCGUGUUCGUGUGUCGCAGGGCGGUGCUUUUGAGGCUGUGCGAGGUCGUCUUCGGGAAGAAAUACGCCCAGAAAAAGUUCCCUUCUUACUACCAGAACAGCGACGCGGACGUCCCCAACGAGAUCAAACAUUCCGUCAUAUGAACAACGGGGUGAUUUUGGCCACUGAUAAUAAUUCACUCACUACUGAAGAGACGAAAUCGGACGUGGCGGGUGGGCAGGUGAAGGGGUGGGGGAGUAUUAGUAGUAGUAAUGCAAGUGAAACAGCCAGAGAUGAAGUGCCCACACCAUCGUGAUCGACAGCCCCUGGAAGGCAAGCACAGCCUAGUGCGAGGAAACUAUGCCGCUUCUCGAAGUGCUUUUGAAACAGAGAAGUGGUUGACAAUUGUACAAAGUGGGUUAAUGCUCUCAAAUAUUUAGAUUUAAAAUGUGUGAACAGACUUUCUGAACGACAGCUGUGUGUGUGUGUGUGUGUGUGUGUGUGUGUUUGAAUAGUAUACCUUUUUAGGGUGAUAUUUCCUGAUCGGUGACGCUGAUUACAAGUGACACACUAAAUCCUAACAUUUCUCAUAUAAAAAAAAUUCAAUGAAAACUAAGAAUUCUAAAUAGUCAGUAUGUAAGUUCAACGAUAUAAGAGUCUGUGAGCACAUUAAAAGACAAAGGACAUACAUUCAUUCAUAUACAUACACUAGAAUGUUUAGGUCAUGAACAAUCUUCAAAAUAUUAACGAACCAAAAAAAAUGAAAAGAACAAAGCCAUAAGGAUGGAGACGACAUGAGGAGUAGAGAAAGCAGAGCGAAAACAAAGAGCCAAGCCAGGGAGGGAGGGAGAGAUGGAGGGAGAGAGGGAGGAAAGGAAAUCGUCCCCCUUCAGCAUUAAGCUGAGAUUUGGUGAACCCUUUAGGGUCAACUUCCCACCGCCAAUCAUCCAGUCACAAUGGCAGAUCGGGGUAACAUCAUUGGCUCAACGAGCUCCCUUGUACUUUCAUUGUGGAAACUUAAGAGCGCAAAUGAUGACUUUCAUGUGCGAUUUAUUUUCUUUUUUUUUCUUCUUUAUUUAUACUCGUGACUUAGCAAGAUCUUAUCUGCAAUAACUAUAGUAGAUUCACAUCUAAUGUCUAGGCCAGUCCCUUACGACACUCCCGAUUGGUUGUUGAUAAGCCAAUGACAGGGCUGGAAACCCUCAGUCUCUCGAGAGUUCACAGAGGCAGAUGUAUAUUCUAUCUCUCCUGAGGGAUACGUCUUUCAGGAGGGGUGGAACAUACAUCCUCCCUAUGCGAACUCCCGAAAGAGACUGAGAGUUUCCAGCCCUGUCAUUAGCUUAUCAACAGCCAAUCAGGAGCGUCGUAAGGAACUGGCCUAGACGUAAAAUGCAUGGUUGGUGUGAAUCUACUACAGCUACUACAAUUUCUCGUAAUUCAACACUUCUACAAUGCUUCAUUUUACACUAUAUAUAUCUCGAGAACAAUUUUCAAUUUUUGUAAUCGGUCAAUCCUAAAUUGAAGUUCGUUUUAUACAAACUUUAUGUGCCAUUGUUACUUUCUCAUUUUUCCACCAUGUUAUGUAAUGCCUUUCUUAGUGAGAUAAUAAUUACUACAAUAACAAAAUAGGCAAUCAAUCGAGUUCGAUUUAACCUUUCAUAGACACACACUGCUUUUUUUUCAAUAUACAUACAAUGCUCCCCCGGGGAAAUAAAAAAAAAUCGUGCAUUUCAUUUUUCUAUUUUCAUUCAACCAGUAAACUAUCACAUUUCCCUUUUAUGCAUAACACAAUCAAACGAUUUAUCAGUUUUUAAAAUGUUCAGAUAAUAUGCAAGACCUCAAAUAUUCGUUCGUUCACUUUACUUUGCGAAACUUUUUGGUUUUCCGAAAUCCCCGCGGGAGCAUUGAGAAUUAUCCUGAUCGUGUAAAAUGCAUUUCCAUACAAAUAAGCUCACAGAGUUUCGCAAAGAUAAUUGUACAAAAUUCGAAAAAUUAAAUGAAAAUAAGAAUUAGUUGUGUGACUAAUGAUGCCACCUAAUAAAGCCACCGAAUCACCUUAAAAAGAUCUUUUGUACAUAUUUGUAAAUAGAGCAGUUUAAGUUUAAGCCUUCAAAGGUACUAAUGAAUGUCAAACUGCACAGAGAGAGAGAGAGAGAGAGAGAGAGAGAGAGAGAGAGAGAGAGAGAGAGAGAGAGAGAAAUACGUAGCUAUACUGAACACAAAUGCAAAUUAUAAACUACUAUAAGCGUUUAUCGCCACUGAAAUUCCAAACCUAUUCAAAGUGCAUUUCAAUUUGUCUCUAUUUUUAUAAUGUCAGUGAUUAGUCUUAAGUUUUUUUUUUUCCCCUAAUUUUGUAUCUGUUAUUUAUUUGCUUACUUUACACUUCAGUGGUACUGAAUGUAAUGCUUUUGUUAUGAUUGUUAUUCUCUUAGAGGAGAAUUCUAAAAGAAGUUGAUGUACUAUACACAUAUACAUAAGUAAUAUGUAUGCCAAAUAAUGUAUACAAAACUCUUAAAACUGCCGUAGCACUGUCCAAGACCAAACUGGUUCGAACCUAUCCUGGAAAAAGAUUCUAGAGAUGUCAUUAUCCCAAUUUAGAAUCAAACAGUAUCAAAAAUAUUUCUGAAAACAUUACUUGACCCCCAUUCAAUCGUUCUCUUCCUAUUUAUUUCUGCAUAAGAAAUCUAGACCUUGGGCAGUUUUAUUUCAAGUAUAACAAUUUUCUAUUGCUCGUCUAUGCCCAUGCUAUUUUACACGGGAUAUUACGUGUUUUCAUUCUAUUUUUCCAAUAUUGCAAAAAUAUGUUAUUCCAAGGAAAUUCUUGGAUGUCACCAGAGGAAUCCGGCAGACGCCUACAUCAUUAUAAUCUCGUACUUACGGAAAUACAUCAAUGUGUGUACAGCAUGAAUAUCAAGAAUAAAGUCAUUUAGUCUUAA